GUUUUCAAUUCUAUAGAAACUGAAGCUGCAAUCUCCUAAUUUUGACCCCUUGGAGUCACCUAAUUUUCCCAUCAAAUGGAUAUGAAAUUGAAGCCUGCAAUUACUGUUCUUUUGUUAGGGUUAUUACUGGUUAUAUAUGUUCCGCAUUCGUCUGUAGCUGCUUCAGGCGGUGUGAUUGGUGGUGAUACCUUUUCUUCACAUUCUUCUUCAAACGAUGAUUCACAUUCCUUUUCUUCUUCAAACGAUGAUUCACAUUCCUUUUCAACGUUGACUGAUUCGGUGCCUUAUUUCCGUUAUGAUGAUGCUAAUGUUGCUGGUUCUGGUUCUGGUGGUCGUGGUGGUGGUGGUAGAGAUGGUGGCGGGAGUCUUGUUGGUGGUGUGAUUAUGGUUCUAUUUGUGGCAUUUAUCGUUUGGGUUAUUAUUAGGUCUAAUUCUAAUCGGGGAAGUUUUAUCACUGUCAUCAAACUUCAGGUUGGAUUGCUGGGUACGGCGAAGGCAAUUCAAAAGGAACUAGAUAAGAUUGCUCAAGUUGCAGAUACGUCAACACGGAAGGGUUUGAGUUAUGUUUUGCAAGAGUCAACCUUAGCUUUGCUUCGACAUCCUAAUUAUUGCAUCUCGGGUUACUCAUCUGUGGAUGCUGAGCUAGGUAUAGAGGAUGGAGAAAAAUGCUUCAAGCAGCUUUCUAAAGAAGAGCUGGAAAAAGUGGAUAAUAUGGAAGGUAUAGAUGAUGGAGAAAAAAACUUCAAUGAGCAAGAAAAUCUUGAUAGAGAGCCACUUGUCAGUGUGAACAGCAUCAAGAGGCAAACUACCUCAAGCAAGAGCUCACUCAGCAAAGAGUACAUAGUGGUAACCAUCCUGGUGGCAGCUGAGGGACUUAACAAACUACCAAAGGUCGAUUGCAGUGGAAAUUUGAAGGUAGCAUUGCAGAAGCUUGGCUCCAUCCCCACCAACAAUAUCAAGGCGGUCCAGGUGUUGUGGACACCCCAGCUUGAAAAUGAGGCACUGACGGAACGUGAGUUGCUGGAAGAUUACCCACUCUUGAAGCCUCUAUAAAGAUUAUAAACUAGUUCACAGGGAAUGGAUCAUAUACAUAUCACAGACGCCUUAAAGUACUUACAGAAUCAAGCAAGUCGAGGAUAUACCAUAUCAAACUCGAGCUUUUUAAUUACUUACUGUACAUAAACUAUAUUUUAUCGGUUAACAAACAUUGUACGAGAUUCUGGAUGGUUCAACUCCUAAAAUCUAAUGGGUCAAUCAGUGAUGGAAACGACAAUGUUGAAUCAUUACAUCGGGGCGAUGUUAUUUUACAGUUAAAUAGAAACCACAUUGCAAGGAUUUUAUCAAUUGACACUCUGGUAAUAAACCAAUCACGA